AUGGAUAAGAAGCUUGCCACAGCUUCGGAGAGUGAUCGCCUAUGGAAAAAGAAUAGGAACCAAAACGGUUCAGUCGAUUUGAAUCGAAAUUUCGACGAAAGUUUUGGAAAGUAUGGAUCCAGUCCAGAGCCAAACAGUGACAGUUACUGCGGGCCAUACCCUUUUUCGGAACCAGAGACUAAGGCACUAUCAUCUUUCAUCUUGCCUAUUCGCAAAGAAGUGAAAUAUUACUUCGCUAUUCACGCCUAUGGACAGAGGAUUAUUAUUCCGUAUGAGGACAGAAUACAGCAUUUGGAAAAUUUUGGAGAAAUGGAGAAUUACAGCCGACAAGCGAUACGGAAAAUGUACUUACGAACCCACGUAAAAUUUUGCACUGGAACUGUGUAUGAUACUAUGGGUAUAAGAAUGUCAGGAACUAGCGCAAGUUGGAUUAAAAAACAAAUGAAAAUUAAAUACGCUUACACCGUUCAAGUCCGUGACAACGGGUCGUAUGGCUACGCGCUGCCGAACGACCAGCUCCGACCGAUGUGUGAGGAGACCAAGAUAAUGAUACAAGAGCUCAUGACGGCUAAACCGAGAUACGUCAGGGCGCUUUACGCGGAUGAAGCAAAAAUGAAUGCAAUAUUCCUCCCUCUUAUGUUGUUGAGUGUUACUGUAACAUUGAAAUAAAUUAUUUGGAUAAUGAAA